AUGAAGCGCCGCGUAACGAUCCGAAGAGCUGCGGAACGCUCGCGGGGACCGGCCGCGUUCCCGAUGUUGAUGGCCGUCUACGCCGCCUCCGCGUUGUUCAGGUACGGCUCGGCGGCGGUAGGACGCACCGGGCCCGAGACCCCCGUGGUCGGCGCCCCGUUCGGCCGGCCGCCGACGGCAGGGACGCCGUCGCGUCACGACAACUGGACGGCCGAGCGGGUGGACGUGUGCACGUUGAACGCUUGCGAGGCGUACGUGCGGAUGCGCGACGAUUUGGCCAACGCGGUGUGGCCGAUCAACGAAAAGUUGCGCGGCGGCGGCGGCGGCGGUGACGGCGACGGCGACGGCGACAGGGGCGAGCUGCUCGAGGCCAAACUGCAACGGUUGGACAGGAGGCUGCGAUCCGUCGAACAGCCCGGCGAGUAA